AUGGGCAUGCCACAGCCCAUGCUUGCUGAUGUGAUGAACAGGAAAUGGAGGGUUGGCUUGCGGAGGAAGACACAAAACAGAGGAAAGAAGAAAAGAAAAGGAGAUAUCUGGGGGGAGCUUUUCUUCAAGCGGGGGGAUCCAGAGAGAGGAGGGGAUCGCAGGAGAAGAAGAAACACGAAGCGAAGGGCGCCGAGAGGCAAACUUUUCGGUGUAGCCGCCGGGCUAUUCGGAAACGAGGAGAUCCACUAUAGAGGCGUGCGCAAGAGGCCGUUUGGCAGGUUUGCCGCCAAGAUCCAGGACCCACGGAAGAAAACUCGGGUCUGGUUCAACACUUUCGACUCCGUGGAGGAUGCAUCUCAAGGCCAAGACUAA